GCCUAAGCUGGAGUCAUGGCGCCGCGAACCCUCCUUCUGCUGCUCUCAGGGGCCCUGGCCCUGUCCAAGACCUCGGCAAGCUCCCACUCCUUCAGGUAUUUCAGCACCGCUGUGUCCCGACCCGGCCGCGGGGAGCCCCGCUUCAUCGCCGUGGGCUACGUGGACGACACUCAGUUCAUGCGGUUCGACAGCGACGCCGCGAUUCCCAGGAUGGAGCCGCGGGCGCAGUGGGCAGAGCAGGCGGGGCCGGAGUAUUGGGACGGGCUGACAGGGAUAGCCAAGGCCUGCGCACAGGCUUGCCGAGUGAACCUGCGGGACAUACGCGGCUACUACAACCAGAGCGAGGCAGGGUCUCACACCCUCCAGGUGUUGUUUGGCUGCGACCUGGGGCCCGAUGCGCGCCUCCUCCGCGGGUACUACCGCAUAGCCUACGACGGCAAGGAUCACGUCGCCCUGAAGGAGGACCUGCGCUCCUGGACAGCCGCAGACACGGCAGCUCAGGUCACCCGGCGCAAGUUGGAGGCAGAGAAAUAUGCAGAGCAGUUGAGGGCACAGCUGCAGGGGGAGUGCGUGGAGUGGCUCAAAAGACACCUGGAGAACGGGAAGGAGACCCUGCAGCGCCCGGAACCCCCAAAGACACAUGUGACCCACCACCCCACCUCUGACCAAGAGGCCACCCUGAGGUGCUGGGCCCUGGGCUUCUACCCUGCUGAGAUCACACUGACCUGGCAGCUGGGUGGGGAGGACCAAACUCAGGACACAGAGCUUGUGGAGACCAGGCCUGCAGGGGAUGGAACCUUCCAGAAGUGGGCAGCUGUGGUGGUGCCUUCUGGAGAAGAGCAGAGAUACACGUGCCAUGUGCAGCACGAGGGGCUGCUGGAGCCCCUCACCCUGAGAUGGGAGCCGUCUUCCCAGCCCACCAUCCCCAUCAUGGGCAUUGUUGCUGGCCUGGCUGUCCUAGGAGCUGUGGUCACUGGAGCUGUGGUCACUGCAGUGAUGUGGAGGAGAAAGAGCUCAGGUCCUGUUUUUGUUCUAUCCCAGGCAGUGACAGUGCCCAGAGCUCUGAUGUGUCUCUCACAGCUUGUAAAGCCUGAGACAGCUGCCUUGUGUGGGACUGAGAUGCAGGAUUUCUUCACACCUCCCCUUUGUGAAUUGAAGAGCCUCUGGCAUCUCUUCCUGCAAAGGCAUCUGAAUGUGUCUGCGUCCCUGUUAGCAUAACAUAAGGAGGUGGAGAGACAGCCCACCCCGUGUCCACCGUGACUCCUGUCCCCACGCUGAUCUGUUCCCUCCCC